AUGGAUAGGUUUUGCUUACAUUUACUGCAGCCUGCUGCCAACGGUCCGAAACCUAACGCCGGUAUCACUGCACCCGACCACGCUGGUUAUCAAUGGUGCCAGACUCGUGGCCUCGUUGUGAUCGACACUAGCUACGAUAGUAAAGGCCACAAAAAAUCCACUGACAAUGGCUUGGUUGCGGUUUUGCCCAUUGGGAUGGCCCAGGUCUCCUCGGUCGUUCUCACCGUGGAAAAAGGGCAGUUCUUGGAGAAGGGACAAAACAUAUCCUACUUCCAGUUCGGCGGCUCUGAUAUCGUGACGGUCUUCCAGAACAGACCCACCUACCGGGGUGAUCUCCAGGCUGGCAAGACCAAGUUGCACAUCCGAGAAAAGGUCGGUGAGUGGAAGUAA